AGAGAAGCAACCCCAUUUGCCCUCGUACUCUAUUCGUCCUCUUCUUUCGUUCCGGCCAUCGAACCCUAAACACUCUCCGAGCUCGAUCACCGGGAAGGCGAUGAUGCCGAUGCGGCUCAUCCGGCGGCUCUCCCGGGUAGCGGAUUCGUCAUCGCAGCACGCCUCGCCGCCUGCCGCCAAGGGGCGGCGGGAGCUCCGGACGGUGCCCCAGGGGCAUGUGCCGAUGUGCGUCGGCGAGGAGAUGGAGCGAUUCGCCGUCCCCGCGGAGGUCCUCGGCCGGCCGGCCUUCCUUGAGCUCCUCCGCCGCUCCGCCCAGGAGUACGGCUACGAGCAGCGCGGCGUGCUCCGAAUCCCCUGCCCCGUGCCGCUCUUCCGCAGGCUCCUCCUCCUCUCGUCCUCCUCCACCACUGCGAACAAACUCGCUCUGGACGAGCUCCUCCUAUCGCUACCGGAACACCUCCCGUCGUCUUCCCCGGCCGACCUGAGCCUCAACUAGGGUUUCGGAGCCUCUUAAUUAGGGCUUUUUUCCUGUGUUUGUGCCCGUGUACAUAUGCUAUCCUGCGCCUUAAUUGGGCCACGAAGGGCUGUUUAGGGAAUUAAUAUUUUUCCUUUGCGCAUUAAUUUUUUUUCCCUCUUUAAAAGAAGGAAUAGAAGUUGCUGCGGCAAUGAAUAGUGUACAUGCUUAAAGAAGCUGUUUUUGGUGUGAGAUUUAUUGAUAUUAUAUUAAUUGUUAAUUAAGUGAGACUUAA